GCCUCUGUAGCUCUCAAAGGCGCACACACUCACUGACUGACACAUUUUCUUUUUCUGUUUUUCUUCUUCUGUGCUUUUGGGAUGACAGUUGGAGAGUGACGGCAUUUUAAGCAGCUGUCAUAAGAUUCAACUCACUGGUGAGACAGUGAGAGCACACACAUGCAUGCACAGGGAGAUACAUAUGUAGAUACACUCAUUCUUUCACGCACAUGAGGAAUGAAUUGAGAGGGGAGAGCUGGAACCACCACAAAGACAUCUCUCCAGCCGAGUUGGAUGCUCUUUGGAGGGAACCACCCUACACUCUUGGGGGUGAACACUUCUCAGGAAAUGACACCAUGACUCAAGGGGCAGGUGAGGAGGAGGAUGGUCCUCUGGUGGAGUCAGGUGAAGGAGGGGCGGAGCCUGACAGCUACUGGAAGAAGAAAGCGGCCUUCCUUCGAGGGAGUACUAUAACACUGGGAGAGAAAUUCUCUCCAGAAAUUGUGCUGUUGUUCACUGGGAGGAGGCGCUCCAGUGGGGAUCCUGACCGCGCCCUACAGGAGGCACUGCGCACCCGACUCCGAGUGGUGGAGAGCAACAGUCAGGACGUCAUCCAACUCUUUAAAGACUUGUCAGCACGUCUGGUGUCUGUCCACGCUGAGAAGGACAGAUUUGUACUCACAUUUAAGACUGUGGAGGAGAUCUGGAAGUUUUCAACCUACCUAGCAUUAGGUUAUGUGGCUCGAUGCUUGGAAAACUUCCUGUGUGAUCAGUCUGUCUGGCUGGACCCGGAGCUGCUCAGUGACCUGGAGAUCAACGUCACUGUGGACGAGGAACAUCUGGCCACCCUUUAUCUUGGCCUGUUACUACAGGAGGGAUCCUUCUUUGCUAAAGCACUUUUCACAAGAAGUGAUGAGCAUGAGGAUGAUGAAGAACAGCUGUCGUUUAAAAAGAAUGACUUGCUGACGGUGAGGGACACGGGGCAGGACAAUAUGUGGGAGGGAACCAUGCUCUCUACAGGAAAUCACGGCCUGGUGCCAGUCAACGCCAUGCAACCACUGCCUUACCCUUUCUAUCAGUGGUUCCUGAGGAAGUAUCCAGGCAAUACUGGAUGCACGCCAUCAGAAAAGGAACAGUUUGAACACUCUUUAGUGACAGGUUCCUGUGUAGCACUCGUUGACUACAGUCCAGUGGGCCAGGAUGAGCUCCAGUUAAGUCAAGGUGAUAUUGUGGAGAUUCAGGGUCUGCUACUGCAAGGCCUGGGUGUGUUUAUUGGGACACACACUUCCACUGGUCACACUGGUUUCGUACACAAGGCCCAUGUCAAACCUCUGGACGCCAAACCCUUAGACAGACAAUUGGUCUUUCUGACCGAAGAGGAGAGGGCUGGACUGGCUCAGGUCAACCCCUGCAGCUCAGAGCCAAGUGACAGUGGCCUGCUGGAAAGACUUUUCUCGUCUGACAUCAGUUCUGUGUACAGGCUAGACAGACUAGAUCAGACUGAUUUCAUGUACAUCAAGAAUCGGCCAAAACAUGGGCACAAAGUCUCCACAAGCACCCGUCAGAGCGUUAUGUCGGACGCCAGCGGCGGGACACCCCCCUACACCUCCUCCCCUCGCACCUCAGUCUCUCACUCCCAUCCCCGCUUGUCCAUAUAUCACUCCCACAAUCCUCUGCCACAAGAGGGAGAGCGCUUGUCUUUCACGUUGGACGACACAUUCAGGGAGCUGGACGAGUUCCAGGAAGACCCACCACUCUUCUUGGAGGACAGCAGCUGGGAGGGGGAGGACUCGGAGAUCAGUGACCCCAUACUGACCCUGCUAAACCAGGAACACUUCCAGGAGGACUUCCUGCCCCUGUACGACCUGCACUACUCCUUCCUGUGGUUGACCUUCAGUGGUAAAGCUGAGGAGGAUCUCUCCGGGCAUCUGGAGAGCGUCAGAGAGUGCGCUAAGAGGAUGGGGAUGCACUGGGCACAUCGACGGGCUUGCUUCCUCUUGGGGCGACUCUGUGCACGAAAGCUGAAGUUCUCCCAGGCUCGUGUGUACUAUGAGGAGGCCCUCAGUGUUCAAGUGGACUGCUUCUCUGACACUCCGUUCCUCAUCGCUCUCUACACAAACCUCACUGCCGUUUACCUGAAGCAGCGAAUGAUCGACAAGCUCCCUCAGACUCUGGAGAAGGCCAGUGCCCUGCUCCUCUGCCUCCCCUGCCACACCUUCACCUCCACAGAUGAGUUUGAGCUGCUGAAGCUGCUCCUGAGGAGAUCUGUAGUGAUGGGGGACAAACACCUGGAGGCUCGUGUCUGCUACCUCAUCUCCAGCCUCUUCCUGCUCCUCAGGAAGAUGGACGACGCUCUUCCUUUUGUUGAACGACUUCAGUUUCUCUCAGUGACUAUCUCUGGAGUCGAGGGGCCUCCUAUAGUUCCUCUGGAUCUUAACUGGCUCUUGAGCGGGCUUUAUCAUCGUAAAUACAUGCCUUACCUGGCCCUGGCCUCCCUUAGCCUGGACUCUAGACAAGAUCACCCCCUUCAUGAUGCUUUCCAGCGGAUUGAGCUGUUCAUCAAGAACUCUGUACGUCUGAAUCCAUGCUGGAAAGAAGGAACCUCCCUGCUCCCUGCUCAGAUUGUAAUUUACCUUCAGCAGGCUCUGGCUAUUGCUGAGCGAGGGGAGAAUAUGAAGACUCAGAGGGAUCUGUGUCAGGGCUUGGCUUCAGUCUAUCAGCAGUAUGAUGCUCUGGAUAAAGCAGUGUACUGUGCUCAGAAAGCUGUGGAAACUGGAGACCACAUCAACGAGGAGGAGGGCUUUGAGGCCUCUGUGCUACUUGGGUGGCUGCUGGUGUUGACAGGCCAGGCUGAGAAAGCCCAAAUUGUCCUACAACCACUGCUCACAUCACUCCAGGGUACAGACAGCCCCACACAGCGAGGCGUGAUCCACAACCUCUUGGCUCUGUGUCUAAGACGGCAGGGUUGCAUCCAAGAGGCAGGCUGGCAUCUCCACUCGGCCUUGGUAAUCUCCAGGGAGAGUGGAAAUCAGAGGAACCAGGCUCUUGCACUGGCCAACCUGGGCUGCUUGGCUCUGGAUGCGGGGGCUUCUUUGGUAGCAGAACGCUUCCUGGUCAGAUCCCUGCGUCUCUUCCUGGAUCUUGGAGAAAGCUCUACAGACGAGGAGCAUGUUCAAACAUACCUCUGGCUGGGGCGGAGCUACAAAGACAGAGGGAGGAGUCAUGACAUCAGGACGUGUUAUGAAAUGGGGCUACUUAUUGCACUACAUGCUAGAAACUUGCACAGUCAGAUGGUGGUGGCCAAAGUGCUGAGUCGGCUGUAUGCUGACAUAAUGCUGUACGGACAGAGUAUCGUCUACUACGAGCACUGUGUGUCUGUGUCCAGAGAGCUGAAGGACAAGAGGCUGGAGGGAGAGUAUCUGGAAAUCCUCAGCAGCCUCUACCUCUCACUCAACACAGAGAAAUCAUCUCGUAAAUCUUUGGACUACACUAAACAGAGUCUGAGGAUUUCUAUAGAUCUGGGGAAGAGAGAAGAGGAAUCAGAGACGUGGCUGCAGGUGGGACGAAUCUAUUACCUCAUCCAGGAGGACGAGCUUGCUGACAUGUACCUGCAGGCUGCAGUGAAGACAGCCCUCAGGAUGAAUGAUCCUAACUUUGCCAUGAGCAUCUAUGAGGAAGCAGGAGACGUCUACUUUAAAGGCCACAGGAACAGAGUGGCUUCACUUCCUUUCUUCAGGGAUGGCAGCCUGCCAUUUGCACGGAGCAUCAAGGACAUUCAUUCAGAGUUUCGUUUGUUGAGUAAACUGACUGAGCUGUUAAUGGACCUGGACGAGCAGGAGGAGGCUCUGCAGUAUGCAACACUGGCUGUUCAGACUGCCAGCAAAACAGGUAUGCAAGUGAAUGAGAGGACAGCUUACCACCGACUGGCUACAGUCUACUAUAAAAUGCAGCAGUAUGAGAUGGCUGAAAACUACUACCUCAAGUCCCUGUCCCUCAGUCCACCCAUUCUGCAGCACCCUACAGAGGCUCGCUACUACACCAAGGUCUACUGCAGACUGGGCAAUCUCACUCUUCACAAUCUGAAGGAUGCUUAUGAUGCAGUGGGUUACUUCCAGUUGGCUCUGGCCGCGGCUCUUGAGGACGAGGCUAACCCUGAGGCUCUUUACGUGGUGUACAUGAAACUGGCUGAGAUCCACGGCAACCACAUGCCCGACGCUCAGCUCUGCCAAGUUUACAGAGACAGAGCCCAGAGUCUGAAACGAGUUCUGGCUGGAGAGGGAGGUGCUGCUGCUGUUGGAAUGAUAAACGCGGACGAUGCAGCCACAGAGCCGGGCCAAAAGAGGGAAACAGACUCUGAUGUGGAAUGUACAGAACGUUUGGCUGAGAGAAAAAGCAAUUGCACUUUUACAUCUGAAAAUGCAAAACAUGAAGAGAACUCAUUUCUAGGAGACACUAACGGGAUAGGAGAUGAGAAAAGUUGUCAUCCUGAUACAGAUGGGGCAUUUGUUGAUGCCUAUGAGACAGAAACCAUGGCCAGUCAUUCUUACAGUGACAGUAUUUUUACUGAGUCCUUUGACACGGCGAAGGAGCACAUCACAGACUCCAGCAGCUCCUCUGACACUCUGCAAACAUACCAGGAUCAAAAAGAUGGGAAAAGCUCCUCCUUUGAUGCUGCACACAGCAUAUACAGCCACAUACCUGGUAAACACACAAGGGACAUUACAAGACUCUCAGAAAACACAGAUCCUGAUUAUCAGAGUGAACAGAACACGCUAACUGCUCAUGCAGAAGAAGAUGUCAGUCUUACAGACAAUCAGCAUGAUACUGACCACACAGAGACUGUUAGUGUAAACACUGAUAAAGCUGAGGACAACACCUCUGACCACACAGAGAGAGAUAAAUCUGGUGACGCACACAGUGAGCACUUGGAUUUAGAUGACGUCUACACAUAGUCUGGUUCAGAGACACUUAACGUACUUCACUGACAUUUCCAUUUUCUGGUCACAUGUUUGUCGACCAGAAAACUGACUCCAACGUUCCAGCCACAUGGCACUUAUUGUAGGAAAAAGAUGUUAAUACUGAGAUUUAGUACAUUAAAGCAUGUGCCUUUGGUUUAAUAUAUUUAGAGAUUAUCACACUGUUGUACUGUGCUUGUAAUAUAUGUUUUUUUAAUGUCUUUUGUAUCUCUGGAAGAUAUGACUUCAAAAUAAAGAAUGUUAUUUUUUUCCUAA